AUGAGCACCGAAGUCCAGAUCCCUGCGUCUCUAGAGCAGGAGAGCGCCAUCAAGAGACUCGAUGACAAGACGUUUGAGGCGAAUCUAUCGCCUAGUUUCUGCGUAGGCUCAGUCCCCAAUGGCGGCUACGUCGCCACAAUCUUUCUGCGCGCAGCAAGAGAAUAUCUCACUCCCAGAAACCAACCCGACACCAUCGCCGCGCACUGGGAGUUUCUCAGCCGCACCGUCUCUGGCCGUGCCAUUCUCGUUAUCGACGAGGUCAAGCCCGGCCGCUCCAUGACAGUAGUUCAUGUCUCACUCUACCAGACCGGUCUUCUUCCUCAAGCCCCGUGGAUCUCAUCCGGCACAGUAAACGGCCGAGCAAAGUCAGAAAAAGUUGUCGUCGCGUAUCUGACAAACAGGAGCAUCGCGGCCGAGAGCGGCAUCAGCCUCAACACUGGCUGGACUCUGCAGCCGGAGCUGCCUUCCGUCAAGGAUUUUUCAAAACUGCUCACGAAUCAAGAUCCGGAAUGGCUGCCUCUGGACCUGGUCAUCCAGCGCAAAGUCAACGCUGUGAAGCAGCUCAACAUCUACCACAACCGCGAAGCCUUAGAAAAGAACGGCAAAAUCUCCCUCAUCGACUUGUGGGUUUGUACCAAGAACGGCGAGCCAUUCAAAGACCCAGCUUUAGGCUUCCUCGUCGACGUCACGGCGUCCUUUGUGGUGGAGGUGCAGCGGCCUCGUACCGAGAACGAGCCUCCAGCCGCAGGGGGCGAGUUCACGCAAAAGGUUGCCUUUUGGUAUCCCACGUUGGUGAUGAAUCUUGAUGUAAAGAAGAAGUUGCCGGACGAGGGCGAGAAAUGGCUUUUCAUAAGGUGUUUGGCGAAGAAGACGUUCAACGGCCGAUCUGAUGUCGAGAUUAUUAUAUGCGAUAGAGCGGGCGAUAUUGUUGCGCUGUCACAUCAUGUUGCCAUGAUUGUGAAUUUCGAAAGGAAUAUCGCAAACAGGACUGUUGUUAAGAGCAAGGUUUGA